CGGCGCCCCGGGCCCGGACCCCGGCACUCGGGCCGCGCGGCGCACCGGCCGGCGGGCGCCGGAGGCGCGGUCCCCGCAGCUUGAGAGCAGCCCUCCCGGCGAGCGGGGGGCGUGGACCCUCUCCAGGCGCGCCCGCCCUCCCCGCCUCGCCCGGCGACCGCCCGACCGUGCGGCCCGGCCCGCGGCGCGCUGGAUGCGGCGGAGCCCUGGCGAGCGGCGCGGCGGCCGCGGCCCCGGGCGACAUGUACCUGCUGGACGGCAGCGGCGAACCCGCGUCUCCGCCUGCGGACGCGAUGCAGCGCGGGACGCCCCCCAGGAAGACAGUCUACCGCAUCUCCGUGACCAUGGUCAGGAAGGAGCAGCUGGGCGCUCCGGGCCCCGGCGGCCCCGGCCCGCGCCCGGCUCGGAGGCCCCGGCCCGCGCGCUCCCCGGACGCACCCGGGCGGCUCCUGGAGGAGGCGGAGGCGGCAGCGGGCGCUGAGGAUCUGGAGGGCCGCCGGCCGCGCGCCUGGGACUUCCGCACCUUCCGCACCCGCAGCACCGGGCAGCUGGAGCUCGGGCGGCUCCGGCCGUGCGCACGCGACCCGGAGCCCGCGGAUCUGGCCGGCAGCCCCCCGACGGUGGAGGAGGCGCCUGGCUCGCCCGCGCCCGGUAGCCCGGACGUGGAGGGGGCCCGGGCCGCACCCCUGCGGCGGAGCCUCAGCUUCAGGCACUGGAGUGGGCCCGAGGCGCCGCAGGGCCCGGCCCUGGGCCGCGGGAGGCGCCACAGCAGCUCCGGGAGCCUGGCCUGGGCGCCGGGUGGCGAGGCUGUGGCCGACCCCGAGGCCGCCCUGGAGCCCGCGGCCUCCGCGCAGCCCUCCUCGGAGAAGCGCAACACCCUGGACGUGGGCGAGGUGCUCAGCAAGAACGAUGCGCUCUCGGACCUGGAGCGCUGGGAGCGCAGCAAGAGCAAGAACCGCACGCUGGACAACAGCGACUUGCAGCGGCUGGAGCGCGCGCGGGCGGCGGCCGCGGGCCCCGGCGCCGCGUCGGAGCACCGACUGCUGCGCUUCUUUAGCGGCAUUUUCGCGCGCAGGGACGGCGCGCCCGGCGGCGGUCCUUCCCCGCGGAGCGGCGCCUCCAGGCCGCGCGGCUACUUCAGCAGCCUGCGGCGAGCCCCGGCCGACACGCACUCGUCUAGCGCCGAGAGCAUCGACGGGUCGCCGCGCAGAGACGCCUUUGUGAACAGCCAGGAAUGGACGUUAAGUCGAUCCGUCCCGGAGCUCAAAGUGGGGAUUGUGGGUAACUUGGCCAGCGGCAAGUCGGCCCUGGUGCACCGGUACCUGACCGGCACAUACGUCCAGGAAGAAUCGCCCGAAGAUAUGGAUGCAGGUGGCAGAUUCAAGAAGGAGAUCGUUGUGGACGGCCAGAGCUACCUGCUGCUGAUCAGAGAUGAAGGGGGCCCCCCAGAGGCACAGUUUGCCAUGUGGGUGGACGCUGUCAUAUUUGUCUUCAGCUUGGAGGACGAGAUAAGCUUCCAGACCGUCUACCACUACUACAGCCGGAUGGCCAACUACCGCAGCACGAGCGAGAUCCCUCUGGUCCUCGUGGGGACCCAGGAUGCCAUAAGCUCCACCAACCCGCGGGUCAUCGACGACGCCAGGGCGCGGAAGCUCUCCAGCGACCUGAAGAGGUGCACGUACUACGAGACGUGCGCCACCUACGGGCUGAACGUGGAGAGGGUCUUCCAGGACGUUGCCCAGAAGAUUGUUGCCACAAGGAAGAAGCAGCAGCUGUCCAUAGGACCUUGCAAGUCGCUCCCCAACUCCCCAAGCCACUCGUCCGUCUGUUCCGCACAGGUGUCUGCCGUACACAUCAGCCAGACAAGCAAUGGCGGUGGGAGCCUGAGCGACUAUUCCUCCUCCGUCCCGUCCACGCCGAGCACCAGCCAGAAGGAGCUGCGCAUCGACGUCCCGCCCACGGCCAACACGCCCACGCCCGUCCGCAAGCAGUCCAAGCGCCGCUCCAACCUCUUCACCUCUCGGAAAGGGAGUGACCCAGACAAAGAGAAGAAAGGCCUGGAGAGUCGGGCAGACAGCAUCGGGAGCGGCCGAGCCAUCCCAAUUAAACAGGGCAUGCUGCUGAAGCGAAGUGGCAAAUCAUUGAACAAAGAAUGGAAAAAGAAAUACGUCACCCUGUGUGACAACGGCGUGCUGACCUACCAUCCAAGUUUACACGACUACAUGCAGAACGUUCAUGGCAAAGAGAUCGAUCUUCUGAGAACCACUGUGAAAGUGCCAGGCAAGAGGCCCCCCCGAGCCACGUCCGCCUGCGCGCCCAUCUCCAGCCCCAAAACCAACGGCCUGGCCAAGGACAUGAGCAGCUUGCACGUCUCACCAAAUUCAGGGAAUGUCACUAGCGCGCCUGGGUCUCAGAUGGCGAGCGGCGUCAGCCUGGGCUCCUUGAGCGGCCGACCGGACGGCGUGCAGCAGCGCUCCUACUCUGUCUCCAGUGCCGACCAGUGGAGUGAGGCUACGGUCAUUGCAAACUCGGCCAUCAGCAGUGACACGGGGCUGGGCGACUCCGUGUGCUCCAGCCCCAGCAUCUCCAGCACCACCAGCCCCAAGCUCGACCCGCCCCCCUCCCCCCACGCCAACAGAAAGAAGCAUCGCAGGAAGAAAAGCACCAGCAACUUCAAAGCCGACGGCCUCUCCGGCACUGCUGACGCCAAACGCAAAGCAUGGAAACUAAACCGUGUUGGUAGCCUGCGAAAUAUUUACAGCAGCAGCAGCACCAACACCGAAGAACAAGAAGAAAACUUUGAGUUUAUCAUUGUGUCCCUCACUGGCCAGACGUGGCACUUUGAAGCCACCACAUAUGAGGAGCGGGACGCGUGGGUCCAGGCCAUCGAGAGCCAGAUUCUCGCCAGCUUACAGUCGUGCGAGAGCAGCAAGAAUAAGUCCCGACUGACCAGCCAGAGCGAGGCCAUGGCCUUGCAGUCGAUACGGAACAUCCGCGGGAAUUCCCACUGUGUGGACUGCGAGACCCAGAACCCCAACUGGGCCAGUUUGAACUUGGGAGCCCUCAUGUGCAUCGAGUGCUCAGGGAUCCACCGGAAUCUCGGCACCCACCUUUCUCGAGUCCGAUCUCUGGACCUCGACGACUGGCCCAUCGAGCUCAUCAAGGUGAUGUCGUCCAUCGGGAACGAGCUGGCCAACAGUGUCUGGGAGGAGAGCAGCCAGGGGCGGCCCAAGCCCUCGCUGGACUCCACGAGGGAAGAGAAGGAGCGGUGGAUCCGGGCCAAGUACGAGCAGAAGCUCUUCCUGGCCCCGCUGCCCUGCACGGAGCUGUCCCUGGGCCAGCACCUGCUGCGGGCCACCGCCGACGAGGACCUGCGGACAGUCAUCUUGCUGCUGGCGCACGGCUCCCGGGACGAGGUGAACGAGACGUGCGGGGAAGGGGACGGCCGCACGGCGCUGCACCUGGCCUGCCGGAAGGGCAACGUGGUCCUGGCCCAGCUCCUCAUCUGGUACGGGGUGGACGUGAUGGCCCGCGACGCGCACGGGAACACGGCGCUGGCCUACGCGCGGCAGGCCUCCAGCCAGGAGUGCAUCGACGUCCUGCUGCAGUACGGCUGCCCCGACGAACGCUUCGUGCUCAUGGCCACCCCCAACCUGUCCAGGAAGAACAACAACCGGGGCAACAGCGGCGGGAGGGUCCCCACCAUCAUCUGAGGACCCGCGGCCUCCCCCCCGCCCCCCGCGGCCUCGGGAGUCACCGCACGUGAGUCCCGACGCGUCCCCUGGCUCCUCCCGGCGGACCCCCGCCACCCCCCCACCCCCACCCCCCACCCCCAGCGACAUCACAAACCCCGGACGCUCCUGGGGGGCGCGGAGGCGGAGGCGGAGGCCCCGAGGCAGCAGCAUGGAUUCCUUUGCAUAAACUCCCCUGCCGGACAGACAGGAGCGGCCGGCGGGCCUGGGUUCGUUGAUUGCAGCACACGGCGCCGGACCCCGGUCCCUCCGGUGACCGGGAGACGGAGCAGGGCACAAGGGACUCGGGGACGAGGGGGGGAGGGGAGGGGAGGCGAGCAGCCGGGAGAAGGGGCAACUCCCCUUAACUGGCAGUUAAGCACAUCAGUACAUUGCACCUCUACCGAACGGAACACUGGGAUUCCAUCUCUUCUCCAAGGAGCUUGACGGCAUAAAUCAGAAGCAAGCAGAGUUUGUCAGGUUUGAAGCCCCUAUGAUGGUAUGUGUCAAAUCAGUUGUAGCUAAUUUGUCCAGGGAGAGUACUGGCUUCAUUACUCUCGUGUAGUCGAGUUCUUCCAGCAUCACCGCCGUUUAAUAGAACAUGAUUAGUCAUCACCGAGAAGAAAGCGUAUUAGCUGAGGAGGUAGUUACCCAGCACGCUCUGAUGAUUGCCACGAUGUGAUUGCAAUACUCUUAGAAGCAUCGUAUUAUCCCAGACAUGUUCUUUCGGGCCCUUGGAGCUCUCCUUACUAAAUUCACUGUCAUAAUUUAGUAUCUGUUUAAUUUUUCAGUCCAAAGAGAGGAAAUCAGUUGCUGAGUAUUAUUUGACUGCAGCCUCCUUGGUGCAAAAACAGAAUGGAAAAAAUAAAUAAGAGUGACUUGGAAUCUCACAAGGAAAGCACGAAUUCCGCUAACGACCACAUUGCGAGCACACUGAGCACUCAAAGUCCAUGCGUAAAAAGCUCUUUCUCCCCCCCCCAAAAAAAAACCCCCCACGGCGUGUGUCAUGGGCCUCCGUCACUCCCGGGCCACGUCACCCCAGUCACACAGGCUCCUGUAUUAUGUCUUUAGAUGAGAUGUGUGAAAAUCUAUUUGAAUAAAAGAAGUUCAUAAAUAUGCAUUGAUUUUUGUACAGACAAAUGGCACCUCUGUUAAUUUAUAAAUUGAACUAGAUGUGAACUAAUAAUAUGCAACUGGUUGAGAUAAGAGGGUUACAGAUCAUUGUACAUGCGAAAUAGCGCCCGCAGUAAACACUUCCAUUAAUGUGAUGUACAGCUUUUAAGAAGGAGCAUAUCAGGAUACCGUGGUGGUACAAUUUGCUUAUUAAAAUCAUGAAAAAUUAAAAAGACUCCGAAGCAUAUUCGAGAGGGAAGGGGGCAUGUGAUGCCUCAUUAUUGAAAAAAAAGCACGAUUUAGAACUGACACGACUUUGGCCAACACUGAGGAAGGGGCCGUGACAAGGCAGGGGUUGACUUUGCAAAUUCCAGACCCAAGCGCUUCGCGAAGGUCCAUCUUGACCGCCGCUGCCGAGCUGGGGGCAGAGACCGGCUUGUGAGACUCCCUAAUCAGACUCCCCACCACCACACCCCCGCCCCCGGGGCCAGGCCCUUCUGUUUCGGGAGGUCGCCCGAUUUGCCGUCACCCCGGUUUCUGGCUGCUUCAGACUUUGGCCACCUUCAGCGUCAUGGCCAAACAUAGGAAACCAGAUUGUGACACCUGAGGUUAAAAAGAACAGGGGCAACUGUGCCUUGAGCCCUUGGGCAGCAUGACGGGGGUGGCGGCGGUGGCAGGGGUGUCACCAUGAAGGACAGCACAGAAACGUAGGGCCCCCUUCACCCUGCUGCCUCCGGGAAAGUUCCUGGCUCUCAUAUAUUAAACCUUCUAUUUUGUAAGAAUUUUUCCUCUUCUUUCGCUUUUUAAAGAAAUUUUAAAUUAAAAUAGAUGGGGGGAAAAAAAUAAAGCUUUACACACUUUCUCUGUGGGUCAGUGUUUCAUGGGCAUUUCUAACCUUAACGCAGCUCAGUGGAACGCGGCAGUUCCCGGGGCAACAGGGCGCGGGAGCCACAAGCCUGGGAGCCUCAACCGCAGGUCCGUAAUCCCUCCGCCCGGUUUUUAAUUCUGUGUUUCAGCACUGUGUGGUUAUUUUCAAUGUGAAUAGGAAAAAAAAAAAAAGUCCUUCCUAUUUUUGAAGAACGCAUCGCUGCUCUCAUCCAGCCACACACGUCGGUGUCCCCAUUUGCAUAGAUAGGUAGUGAAGGCAGAUAGAGUAUAACGAAAUUCUUAAAUUAUUUCAUUGUAGCUGAUGCCCACUAUAGGAAUGCUUUAUCAGAGUGAAGCCUUUCUUUUGAAAAGAGACGGAAUUCCUUGUGAGGCUUCUCUUUGGGAUGUAUAUGGGUGUGUACAUAUUAUGAUAUGUGUUUAUAAUAUAAUAUUUUCCCAAAUGACUUCCUUUUUCACUUAGCCUCUCAAGGCCCGAAUGCUAGACCUUCUCCUUCCCUGCCUCCCUUCCAGCGCCAGGACUUCACUGAUUCCUCCUUGGAAAAGGACCCCCCUCGCCUGCUAUCUUUAGCCAUGUGAUCUGCUCUGGGAGGCAGCCUGCUUUCUCGAGCCCGAGUUUUGGCAACAGAGGAGAGGCUGUCGUGGCUCUCAAAGGUUUUUCCCUGUAAAACCCAGGAAAGGCGACCGGGGGCUCAUCUGUUGUAUUCCAGUGACUUCUCUGCUGGACCGCUCUCUCAUUCCCAUCUUACAAGCCUCACUAACACCAAGACCAGAGAAGCCACGGUCCAGGGCCAGUGUUAGAAGUAGCCAGUUUGGGAAGGGGGUCGAGCUGUCGUUAUUUCCACGUAGGCUCUGGGACAGUGACAUAGGAAACGACCCCUGCGGACUCCACGUGACCACUUCUAUUCAACCUCUUCUCCUCUGUUCGGGAUUUUCAGUGAAAAUGUUUCCUUGAUGAGAAACCUGCCUGCUGGGGAGGGCAUGUGAGCAGGUGGCCCCUCCUGAGGGCGCUCGCACAGGUGGUCUGCAUGCACCCCUUUCUCUCUGGAUCGCUCCCAUGGCCGGGAGACCCCUGCAGAGAAAGGAGCCUGAUUCCGACCCUGCACAGGUGGACCUGGAGAACUAGCGUGGUCCUUAUCGAGCCACGGUCCACGCCAUGUGGACUCACCCCAGGGAGCAGGUGCGGGCAGCCAGUGCAGGCUGACUAUGGGGCUGGCAGCGCAGGAGAAAGCAGCUCUUCCCCAGUGACUCCAGCCUGAUGUUCUUACCUCAGCUCCCUUCUGUCCCCGCCCCCAAGUUUUGUGACCUUUGCACACUUUCAGGGUCGUUCCCCACGUGUGCAAAGGAACCGGCAGGACUUCGUUAGGGACAAGAGUCCAACGAGAAAGGCAGGCCCGGGGUGGCGGUCCCCUGGCCUCACCAGGGGCUCCCACCUGGGCAGCAUCCACUUCUCGCUUCCUCAGCUGGGACACCUGGGGCCUUGCAGGGUGUGGUGAUGUCGGGACCACAGGGUGAUAAAUGACAGCCUGACACCCACUGAGGGGCCGGAUGCUCAGGAGGGGGGCCCCGUUUAUGAAGAACAGAACGUGGGUAGAACCUGAGCCCCGGCACCGGGAACCCCCUCCAGCUGGCGGGAGGCCAUGUCCUGGGGGUCCCGGCGGCACGUGGUCAGCCGGCCCCUCCUGCUGAGCCCCUCCCCUGUCUCGGCUGAGCCGCUGGUGCCGCUUCUCAGCCCAUGUGUCAGGCAGGCGUGAGAGCCCUUCUCCCCGAGGGAUGAGCCCAGGUACCGAGACGCGACCUCCAUCCUUAGUCCAAGUUGAUGUUCCAGGGAAGGGGGGGGGGACGCCAGAUCUGCUUGCAGGGGACCCUGCGCUGGCAGAGGGGGCCUUCAGGCCCCCUCCACGCCCCGCCCCCCAUUCCUCCCUGAGCUUGCGGGUUGGUCCGCGGACGUGCACGUCGCUGGAGCCGUCCUCCCUGUCAGGGUGACCUUCACCUCCCAUGUCUGCACUCGGUGGGCACACCCUCCCCCUUGGCGCCCCGCCGGACCCCGGGCCAGGCUGUGCUCACGGUCCCCGUGGCUCCCACCCCACCGACCCUUCUCCCUGCAUUAAGAAUGUUCUGGAAACAAGAGGGGGCACUCCCCACUCCCGCCUAGGGAGGCUCUGAAGCCUUGCGGCCACGCAAGUCCUCUCUGAGGACGGCCGGGUCUCAGAGCCCGCUCACGAGGCGCGGAGGAUGGGCAGGCAGAUGCCUUCGCUCUGGAGGGGCUGCUUCCCCUCCCCCCACCUCUGCUCUGUUGACGUCCGUCUCGCGCCCCCCAAGGUCAUCUCGACUUUUCUAGAACUCCCCUGGAUGGUAUUUAUGUCCUUCGAGCAAACAAAUUGAAAAGCCGUCAGGAAGCAGUUCGGAUGGAAAUGUGCUGGGGAUAGGCAUCUUUCUUUCCCAGGAAAUAUAAUUUAUUUCCAGCUGCCUCCGCAAACGUGGGUUUCACCCUCUGUGAAGUCGUGUCUUGCCGUGAUUUUCACCCUCAUCCUUCACCAAAAAGCUAAGGGCGCUCGGCAUCGAGACGUUGCAUUCUUGGCUUUUCUCCUUUGUGGACGUGUUGCUUGUGGGGCUUGGCCCCUGUGGCUUCCUCAGGAAGCCCCGUAGUCAGGGGUCAUUGGUGUGGGCUCCAGCCUGGCCAGGCCAGGUGCCCAGGGUGCCACUCACGGUGGGCAGGGGGCCUGGCUGCCCCCCUUCCCGGGAGGGUGGGGUCCGCCCUGUGCGCUCCUCCCACGGCUCCUUGGUUGGUCAAGUGUCCCCAUCAGCUGCCUUUCAGUCAGGACGUCGGACCCCUCCAGUCGAGGGCGGAGAGAGGGGAAUGAGUCAGUCAGUAGGCGCAGAUGGAACAGUGCCCCGGCUUUCAUUUCAUCACUGCCAGGCCGUCGUCCCUGGAACCCUAAAUGCUGUGACACCCCAGAGAGAGGGGACAUUGCCGCUCAGGACCAGCAUCCCCACGCUGGACGUUCAGCCACCUCAGACAGUCUUAUCCCCAAGUCAUGGAUCUGUGUCCCCCUUAGAGAGGACGUGCUGACCUGAAAUAGAGCUUCCAAAACUAUGACUAAAUUCCUCUCUAAUUGUGGCUGUUCUGCUGCUUUUUAAACACAGACUCGUGCUUUUGUCCAGUUCGGCUUUUUCACUUUGGGUCCAGGUUGAAAUUAGAGGACUUUUCAUCAGUAGGGGAUUCUGUAACACCGUAAAGUCUGGUUUUAAUCUGCAAUUAAAAAAAAAAAAAGCCCAAGUUUUAGAAGUAUUUCUGUUUCUCCAGUGUGGUAAGCACCCUCCCCAAAGCAAGGCGGCAGUGACCGUGACCUUGAAAGCCUCUCCUUGCCGCACUUCACCUAUGAGGUGGUGGUGUUUUUGCUAUCAGUUGUGACUGCAUUUGGUUUGGGGGUUCUCACCCCCUUUUUGAUAAAAACGCCCUUGUCUGAGGCCCUCAUCCCAUCCAAAGGGCCUUUGGUGCUGGGGAAGAAGGCAGGGUGGGGACAGGCGAGCCCAGCAGAGACCCGCAGUGGCUCUGAAGCCUGCAGGUGUGCAGAUGAGCCACCCCAGGUAAAGGGACAGAAGCAUGGACUUCCAGCCAUGGGGCCCCCAGCACCCAACAGGUGCUGGCCAUGGGUGAGGCAAGGCACCUGCCUGAGUGCGAGAGGGGGGCUGGGGGCUUGUCUUGUGUCGGGCCUAGACGUGGCCUCUGCAGAGAAGGACCCCCCGCGGGUCGUGAGCAGGGCAAAGGAUAAAGGCUGGCCUAUGCAAGUGCACUGAGGACUGACCCAGGUUUCAGGGUCGGUGGGCCUUCCCUGCCCUCCGUCCUGAGAUGCAGGGGAAAGAAAGGAGUCACAAGGAGAUGUGAGAGGGUCGAGGGAACUCGAAUGGAGCAAUGCCCCUCAGGACGCCCCUGUCAGGAACAGGCGCCCCCAAAGCAGGUUGCGCCCCUGUCUCCCGGCUCGGCCCCGGAUGUCUGAGCUGGUUCAAAUAUUCUUGUAAAAAGGACACUCUGCCCAGUUCCUGAGUGCUCACACUCAGCAGUGGCUUAUGGCAAUUAAAGGGGACCCCCCUUGUCUUCCCGCCCCCGGUAUGACGCCGGUACCUAGGAACCCUGAGUGACAGCUUUCUGCAGAGACCCUGGCAGGCAGCCCAGCAGGAGCCACUGUGCUCAGCUCGGCACCUGACAGUCCGCUGAGUGGCCUCGGGGAAAAGAUACAUCCCACCUGGGUUCUUUAGAGGCCGGGGGACAGAGGCUGGCCCCGGGGGGCCGGGGCCAGGCCAGGGAUUCCGCUCUUAGGGCUCAGGUGAACACACUGUGCGCCUCGCAGCCCCUGGUCCCGCCCCAGGGUCCGUGCAGUUUUCUCACCAGGACCUGUCUCGGGCUGCGCCGGUGGACGUGAGCACGGAUGGGGCCAUUCCGUGGUGGCUGGGCAGUGGGUACCCCGAGGAAUUGCAGUUAGUGCAUCUUGGUGUUGGAAAUAAGGCUUUCUCCUAAACGCAGUGCUGUUUCCCUCCUCCCACUGGGUUUUUCGGUCAAAACUACAUCUAAUUCUUGACGCUCCUGCCCCUGCCUGAGCCCCGCGUGCUGGGGACGCCGUGUGCACCUGAUCACAGGCGCCCUGCUGAGUCCCGGGAGUCGCAGGCGGGACGUGGGCCACGCCAGCCACAGGCACAGACAGACCCCGCUCUCCUGUCUCUGACUUGGGACCAGGUUCUUAUCUUGCCACCGGGCAUGUUUCUGAAAGGCGAGCCUGAGCAGGUCAAAGGUGAGGCGUGAGAGGCAUUUUUAGGAGGGACCAGGGAAGGCUGAGCCUGGGGACACUUCUGAGCACAUUUCUCUAUUUCUGUAAAUAGCCAUGUAUAGAAGAUGGAAGAGUAGCCUGGGGUUUAUCCAGAGAUGGGCUUGGUUUUUUUGGGUUGUUUGGUUUUUUGGGUUUUUGGGUUUUUUGGGUUGUUUUUAUAUUACCUCAUUCAGCAAGUUUAUGUUUCACAAUGACUCAAUGAUGCUUUAUUUAUAUUGUUUGUACUGUAAUUAAAACCAUUGACAGACAUUUCACUUUGCUUGUUAUUUCAUAUGAUCUUGUUUUGAUUAAAUAUGCCAGUUUGUAUUUUCCUGCCUUGGGAUUUUUUUUGUGUCAGCUGUACAGUAUUCUAAGGGGG